AACUGUGCGUUUGGGCGAAGGGGAUCUGUGACCAGUUUUCUUACGCAAUCGUCAUUUUGUUCCUCAUUUGUCUAAGUGUUAGGGUUUUCAGAGUCGCGUUCGCGACAUUCAUCUAUCUACACAGAAUCUUGGCAUUCCUUCACAGUUUCGUUUUGGAAAAUCGGAGAAUGUCGUCAUUUUCACGCGACACGCAUCUUUUUCAGGUCUGACUUGUAACUCAGAUAGUUUCAUCAGCUGUCUUUCUCUGGCAUAUCAAAUUACAUUAGAACUAAUCGGGCUGCAAAGCAAGACAUUCUUAUUUACUUUAUUUGGAAAAAAUGACAGAAAUCUUUAGCCACACGGCAUGCAGACAAUUAUCUCAAUUGUUCCUUGCCAUAAUCUUCUUCCAUUGUUCUGAAUAUUUGCUGGCAAUGGUCAUUCAUGGGAGAUCAAGUGUGACUCUAAAGUCCCUCUUGAUAAGCAGACAGUAUAUUUUGGCAAUGUUCAUUUCAUUUGUGGAAUACUAUAUUGAGAUUGCUUAUUUACCUGAGUUAAAGGAACAAUGGGUGAUCAGUAAUUUGGGUCUGACUCUGGUUGUGAUUGGGGAAAUUAUAAGGAAGGUUGCAAUUAUAACAGCAGGGAAAUCCUUUACUCAUCUUAUAAGGAUUUAUUAUGAUGAGAAUCACCAGCUGAUUACUCAUGGUAUAUAUAGAUUUGUCCGUCAUCCAGGGUACUCUGGUUUCCUCAUUUGGUCUGUUGGCACUCAAAUAAUGCUGUGCAAUCCCAUAUCAACUAUUGCUUUUGCAGUUGUUGUCUGGCACUUUUUUGCUAAGCGAAUACCUUAUGAAGAAUUCUUUUUGAGACAGUUUUUUGGAGCUGACUAUAACGAAUAUGCGCAGCGAGUUGUGUCUGGGGUACCAUUUGUAAAAUGAAGAACUGUCAAUUCAUUGAGCCUAGGUAUAUCCUGUCACAGCCAUUCCAAGACAUCGAGGAGGUUUUGAACCGUUUUUUCUCUAAAACAGCUUUUAGCCAUGCCUGCUUUCAGUCUGUGGCUAUGCCAACCUUUCAUUAUAUGCAGCUAUGCUUGUUUGGAGCAUCUGAAAAAGAAAAAAAAAAUCCAUGUUUGGGGCUAGAUGGUGGUCAAAAUUAUGCAUUAUUCAUGGGGCAUGUAACAGACCUGCUGAUUUUACCACUGACAAUGGUUCUGGUCUGGGAUGCUUUGCUCAGACAUGCUCAAACAAGUAAAAUUUAGCUUAGCUACUAUUCAACUAGGAUUCUGUUGUUUUGGGUGUGUGUAUAAGAAUCCGAUUUUGGUGAUAUAUCAUGCUUCAACUUUUGCAC